CAGUCCGUUAAUAUUAAAAUUUUAAGAUGUACUUUUGAAGAUGAUGAAUAAAUGAUAUGUGCUUUUGAAGAUGAUGAAUAGGGCACUUGCGCCACCUCCUCAUGAAGCAAUGCGAGGAGAAUGCUAAGAAAGAUGCUUUGAGGAGUUGGCUUCAUGUUUCGGGACUUCUGGUUGAUAGUGUUAAUGGUGGGGUGCAAGAAUCCUUUAUAAAUGAGAAACGAAUUGAAUUUGAGACGCGUGCAUUGGCGAGUACUAUCAUGCGAUAUACAAAGCAAACGAACCAGUGGCUUGCUGCUUCCCAUGCUAUCAACUCUGCGAUAAAGGAGAUUGGAGACUUUGAAAAUUGGACGAAGACCAUGGAUUAUGAUUGCAAAAGCAUCAGUGCUGCUCUGUGCAACAUCAGCAAAACACGACAUCGAAGGCACCCUGUCUCGACAAGAGGCUUCUAUGUUGCUCGUCAAUCGAUGGCAAUUGGCCCUAACGUUAACGGCCACAUGUGGAUGGUUGGAUGUGAGAAGGCAGCAGCAGUGGGUGAG